CUGCAGUUAAAUGGUGCACACGCAGUAGCCAGCAGGUUGAAGAAGAGGGAGACCGGGAAGUGGUUGAGGUUGUGGCUCUCCUUGCCGAUGGCAGCCUUCACCUCUUCUCUCUCGCUCCCUCUGCAACUCCGGCCCUCCUCAUCACGCUCUCAUCGCCAAUUUUCUUCUCCCCCACCCUCGCUUUCCUUCCCUCUUAUUCGUUCCUCCUCUAAAUUCCCUUGCCGAUUCUCAGCCCUAACCAUCUCCUCCUCUUUGGACUCCUCCUCCGACGACUUCGAUCAUGGCAAGCACUCGAAUCCGCCAUUUUCAUCCAAGAAAUCAGUUCUCUCAUCUUUGAUACAAGAGAUAGAGCCAUUAGAUGUAAGCAUAAUUCAAAAAGAUGUUCCACCGACCACUGUGGAUGCUAUGAAAAGGACUAUCUCUGGCAUGCUGGGCUUACUUCCAUCUGACCAGUUUCAAGUUUUGGUUGAGGCUUUAUGGGAACCAGUUUCUAAGUUAUUAGUUUCUUCAAUAAUGACUGGGUACACAUUGCGUAAUGCUGAAUAUAGACUCUGCCUUGAAAGAAAUCUUGACUUUGAUGAUGGAAAUAACGACAAACAAACAAAUGAUGAUUGUAGAGUUGAUCUACAUGAAAUGUUGCUUGACAGUGCUAAUUCGGAGAACAUUUUAGAUGAAAAUGAGGCUUCUUCCAAAUGCGAGGAAUUUUUGCAUGAACCGUGUGAAAACCUUAAUAUUCAAGGCAUUGGUGAAACUUCUCCUGAAGUUCAACAGCAUAUUCUUCAUUUAAAGUUUCAAUUAUCUUCAAUUAAAAAGGAACUCCAUGAAGUCAAGAGAAAAAGUGCUGCUCUUCAGAUGCAGCAGUUUGUUGGCGAGGAGAAAAAUGAUCUGUUGGACUAUCUGCGAUCAUUACAGCCAGAAAAGGUGGCUGAGCUCUCUGAACCUACAUCCCCUGAUUUAAAAGAAGCCAUACAUUCUGUUGUCCACGGACUUCUUGCAACCCUUUCCCCAAAGAUUCAUUCCAAAGUUCCUUCUCAAUCAGAAAAUAUUGGAACGGGCACGACAGAUAUUGGUAAUGAAGAUUGUGCAGAACUUGUUGAGAAUACUUCUCUCCAAUUCCAGCCCCUCUUAACAUUAACACGAGACUAUCUGGCUCGUCUACUUUUCUGGUGUAUGCUGUUGGGGCAUUACAUGAGAGGCCUGGAAUACAGGAUGGAGCUGAUGAACCUUCUUUCCCUUUCAAGCAAUGUUGAAAAUGCUUCAGGUGGCGUGACCAGUGAUGACUUUUCUUCACAGUGUUGAGGGCGACAGUGACAGAGUUCUUAAGGGUUGGGUGGGGCUUCGAUAUCUUCUGGAAGUAUAUAUACAGCUUUCUAGUAAAGGUGAUUAUUCUUUUUUCCUUUCUUUUUGUUGGUUAUUUUCCCUAGUGAAUAUAGAUUUUGUUUUCCUUUUCUUUCUUUAUUUGUUUGGCACACCACACCAAAACAUUGUACAAGUACAAAUCUUUAUUGUCAACUCUAGUAGAAGUCAGUUUUUAUUUAAGUUUAUUCUUCCAGCCUUCACUUAUACGAUGCAAUCCGGGGCUCGUCCCCGGUCAAUAUUGGAUCAAACAAUAGGGGGCCAUAGCAUGAUUGCUUGGUUGAGUUCUCCCACAUAGCGUCAAGGAAUCGAAGCAAUCAUGAGAUCAUAUGUUUGUUAGUGUUGUUUUGUCCUGAAUUAGACCCAAAGUCGAAUUUAUGUAUCCGGUAAAGAUUUGCUUACCAAAUAUCGAUGUUUCAGCCUUAA